AUGGAGCGCCUUUUGAACGAGAAACGUGUGAAGAAACUUAGAGAACAAGAGGAGGCACGGAUCAGGGAGCUUGAAGCGCAAAAAGCAGAGAUUGAAAGGCAACUUGCUGAAGAAGAUGCCAAGAGAAAGAAGACAUCUUUGGCAAUGGUAGACAAACUGAUUAACAGUCGAAUUGGCGCUCUCUUGGGUCAGGUGAAUACUGAGACUUCUGAAGUGAAAUCAAAACUACCUGCCCGGUUAAGCGAUGAUGAGGCGGAUAAGGAUCGUGAUGAGAUGCGCAGAAAACUCGGUCACGGAGUAGAGACAGAGAUCGACGGAGGCGACGGCGGUCCAGCGACUCGCGUAGUAGCGACAGGGACUCACGAAAACGUAAGAAAGAACGGAGGUGACGAAUAG